AUGGCAAUAUCGCUAAAUGAACUAGGCGAAAAGGGCAAGGAUGUCAAUGCCCACCAAUCAAUGCGAAACGGACCAUCAUACUCCGGGCCCAUAAAGGGAAUACAGACGAGCAUCUCGGAAUGGAGGUUACUGCUAGUCCAUGUGAUUGGGGAAUACUGCGCGUGCCUUGCUGUAUGA